AGCGGCCAUGGAGGAGGCGGAGGAGGCGGGAGGAGCGGGCCCGUCCGUGCUGUUCCUGCACCCAGACCUGGGCCUGGGCGGCGCGGAGCGGCUGGUGGUGGACGCGGCGCUGGCGCUGCGGGCGCGGGGCUGCCGGGUGCAGAUCUGGACGGCGCACUACGACCCCGGGCGCUGCUUCGCGGAGACGCGCGGGCUGGCGGUGCGGCGGGCGGGCGGCUGGCUCCCGCGCAGCCUGUGCGGCCGCGGGCACGCCCUGUGCGCCGCCCUGCGCAUGGCCUUCGUGGCGCUCUACGUGCUGCUGCUCAGCGGAGAGACCUUCGACGCCUUCGUGUGCGACCAGGUGUCUGCCUGCAUUCCUGUGCUUAGACUGGCCAGAACCCGUAAGAAGGUUUUGUUUUACUGCCACUUUCCCGAUCAGCUCCUGACCAAGAGGGAAUCCUUCCUGAAGCGCCUCUACCGACUGCCGCUCGACUGGCUGGAGGAGUACACCACUGGCAUGGCAGACUGCAUCGUUGUGAACAGCAAGUUCACUGCCAGAGUCUUCAAAGACACAUUUAAGUCCCUGUCACACAUAAAACCAGAUGUCCUCUACCCAUCGCUCAACAUCAGGAGCUUUGAAGAAAUUGUUCCUGCAGACAUAGCUGAUCUGAUACCGAAAAAGAAGAAGUUCUUGUUUCUUUCCAUUAAUAGGUAUGAGAGGAAAAAGAAUCUGGCAUUGGCUCUCGAAGCUUUGCACGAACUUCAAGGGAGACUUGAUUCCCAUGAGUGGGAUGAAGUUCACCUGGUUAUGGCAGGUGGUUAUGAUAAGCGAGUUCUGGAAAACGUGGAGCACUAUGAAGAGCUGAGGAGACUCGCAGCCAAACUUGAUGUUAAUGACCAUGUGACUUUUCUGAGAUCAUUCUCAGAUGAACAGAAAAUCUCUCUUUUUAGUAACUCUGUGUGUGUGCUUUAUACACCAAGCAAUGAACAUUUUGGCAUUGUCCCUUUGGAGGCAAUGUAUAUGAGAUGUCCAGUUAUAGCAGUUAAUUCAGGUGGUCCUUUAGAAUCAAUCUCACAUAAUGUUACAGGAUUUUUGUGUGAUCCUCUGCCAAUGCAAUUCGCUGAUGCCAUGGAAAAAAUUGUGAGAGAUCCCCUCUUAAAGGACACAAUGGGAGCAGCUGGGAGAGUGAGAGUUAUGGAAAAAUUUUCUUCAGAAGCUUUCUCAGAACAGCUGUACCAAUACAUAUGCAGACUAACAGAAUAAAAUUCUAUUCCUAUUUAAUAGUUUACAA